AUGGCCACGCUUGCCAUGCAGUCCUUGGGCUGCGAAGUGGCUGCCUUGAACACGGUUCAUUUCAGUGAGACGCUCUCAACCCUGCGGUGCAUGUCGAGCGAGACGGAUAAAGUAGAUACUGACCAUCCAUGUAUAGGCAACCAUACCGGAUAUAGACAGUUCAAGGGGACAAAGUCGUCUGCCCAGGAAAUAACCAACCUAUACGAAGGGCUACGGCAGAGCUACCUUACUGACUUUGAUGUUUUGCUGACUGGAUAUGCACCCAGCGCCACCGCAGUGGAAGCAGUCGGAGCUAUUGCCAUGGACCUGAAGAAGAAGGCAUCUAAGAAGCCAGGCUCAUUUUUCUGGGUGCUUGAUCCUGUCAUGGGAGACCAGGGACGUAUAUAUGUUAACGAGGAUGUGGUGCCGGCAUAUAAGGCUCUCGUUCCCCAUGCGGACUUGAUCUUACCAAACCAGUUCGAAGCAGAGACAUAUAACGUGCCUCAUGUCAUUGUUACAUCUGUACAGCUACCAGGACUGCCAUCCUCAUCAGCAUCAUCAGUCAUCUCCCUCUCAACAGCAGAUAAUUCAUCCGUCAGCCAAGAUGCACGCCCAGACAACACGCUGGCAGUCUUCGGCUCUACCAUGCGGUCUGACCGCUCCGCUCGGUUAUUUAAAGUCGAAGUACCUCGCCUAGACUGCUUCUUCAGUGGGACGGGCGACAUGUUCGGUGCCUUGAUGGUUGGAAGACUCCGUGAAGCCGUGUUCAAUGAUUCACCCGCGCUUCGUGAAACGGCUUCCUGGGUGUCUCCAGACAGUGUUGCGACGACGAAUCUGCCGCUUGCCAAGGCCACUGAGAAGGUUCUGGCAAGCAUGCAUACGGUUCUGGAGAAGACGAUGAUUGCUAGGAACGAAGAGCUAGCGAGAUAUCAGAACGAAGAUGAGAGUAAUGACGCCGAGUUUGCUCAUCUUCCAGAGGAAGAACGCAAGGCCGCGCUUGAGAAGAGGGCCAGGCUUCGUGCAUCGAAGGCAGCCGAGGUUAGGCUGGUGCGCAACGUCGAACAUGUAAGGCACCCUGUUGUGAAGUUCAAGGUGAGAGAGUGGAACCAGUGA